AUGAAGUACAUGAAGUACAUGCCGUACAAGUUAAUGGGACCUACCAUCCCGACCCAGCACUAUGUCGUUCAAGGUGAACCUGGCAAGCCCACGGCGUUGAUAGCCGUCCCUGAGCCGCGCCGUCUGCGGCCUCCUCUGCCUCCCCUGUCACCAGAGGAGAAGGGCAUUCUGGCUCCGCUGAAGACGGACCACAAUGGGUUCAUUAAAACCAGACGUCGGGCUCACUUUGGCGCGCCCAACAACCCAUUCCCUAUUGCUCACUUGAUGACGACACCCACUGGUGCUACUACUACACCGGGUGUUGCCACGGGGUCUUCUGCUACGCCGAGCACUGGUGCUUUUGAUACACCAUCUCGUGGUGGCACCACGGCCAGAACGGCACGUGGUCGCCCGCGAAGCAAUGCAGUCUCUAUUCCCUCAUGGGUCACACACCCUCAGGGCGAGGCACCACCUCAUGCUACCACCACUGCCAGAACGGCACGUGGUCGCCCGCGGGCAAACGCAGUCUCUUUGCCCAGAGGAGACAUUCCCCCUCAGCACGAGUCUGAAGAAUUGACUGCUGCGGAGUGGAGGAUGCGCGUCAGACUGGCGGCCAUCCGUGAGCGUCACCGACUUGAAAGGCCCGUCACGCCGCCCCCUGCCAUUGUCAUACCUGUGUACACUACAGAGAACCUGGACUGGCAGGGCUACUCGCGCCGUGACGGUGCCAAUGGGACCUCACUCCAAGCGCAAGUGGAAGCAUCGUGGAGAGUGUUCGAUGAGUACAUGGCCAGCAUUCAACAGUAG